CUCCAUCCACAAUCCUCCCCGAAUCGCCGUCAGUCGCCAACCUCUCUCCCCUCCAAACCCUAGCUAGCUCCCCCAAUCCCUUCUCCACCGAGAUCCGAUCUCGCCGCCCUUACCGGCGAGACCGUCGCCGCCAUGGCCUCCGGCGGCAACCCCAACCCGACCGGCGCCCCGACUCAGCCGCGCCCACCGCAUCCGCAGCAGCAGCCUCAACCGGGCGGCUCACCGGCAACGCCCAUGACCCACCUCCGCCCUCCCUCCCACGCCGGCUCCCCCUUCCAGGGCCUCUUCCACACGCCGCCCACCCACAACCCCGCCUUCCAGAUCCACAUGGGCGCUUCGUCCUCGCCCCAGACUCCGCUCAUGCCCGCCACCGCAGGCUCGGCCAAGCGGCCCCCGCAGAAGCCCCCCGUCCGGCCCCCGGCCCCCGGUUCUACCUCGUCGGCCGCGGCAGCCUCGGCGGCUGCCGCGUACAAGGCUGCGGCUGCGGCGGCGGCCGUGGCCAACUCCGGGGGCGUCGACCUUACCCCCGCCGCGCGGCGCAACAAGAAGCGCAAGCUCCCCGAGAAGCAGCUCCCUGACCGCGUCGCCGCGCUGCUCCCAGAAUCCGCGCUCUACACGCAGCUGCUCGAGUUCGAGGCCCGCGUGGACGCCGCGCUCGCGCGGAAGAAGGUAGACAUCCAGGAGGCGCUCAAGACACCGCCCUCGCUCCAGCGCACACUCCGCAUCUACGUCUUCAACACCUUUGCCAACCAGGGGCCGCGCACCAUCCCACCACCCAAGAAUGCCGAUCCGCCAACCUGGUCGCUCAAGAUCAUUGGUCGUGUGCUGGAGGACGGCGCCGAGCUGGAUCCUGCCAGUGUUGUGCCCAAGCACAACCCAGUGUACCCCAAGUUCUCUCAAUUCUUCAAGAGGGUGACGAUUGCACUGGACCCGUCUCUGUACCCAGAGAAUCCCCUCAUCAUCUGGGAGAAUGCACGAACAGCUGCCCAGCAGGAAGGGUUUGAGGUAAAGAGGAAAGGGGAUAAGGAGUUUGUUGCAAACAUCCGGCUGGAGAUGAACUACAACCCUGAGAAGUUCAAGCUGUCACCUCCGCUUAUGGAGGUGCUUGGGGUGGAGGUGGACACUCGUGCACGGGUGAUUGCUGCCCUCUGGCAGUAUAUUAAAGCAAAGAAGCUUCAGAACCCAAAUGAUCCUUCCUUCUUCAUGUGUGACCCUCAAUUGAAGAAGGUGUUUGGGGAGGACAAGCUCAAGUUUGCAAUGCUGUCACAGAAGAUAUCUCAGCAUCUGACUGCCCCGCCACCCAUCAACUUGGAGCACAAGAUUAAGCUUUCAGGGAAUGGAGCGCAUAGCAGUGCUUGCUAUGAUGUGCUGGUGGAUGUUCCAUUCCCGCUGCAGAAAGAGAUGAUGGCGUUCCUUGCCAACACAGAGAAGCACAAGGACAUUGAGGCUUGCGAUGAGGUGAUAUCUGCUUCGAUCAAGAAGAUCCAUGAGCACCGCAGGAGGAGAGCGUUCUUCCUGGGUUUCAGCCAGUCCCCAGUGGAGUUUAUCAAUGCACUGAUAGCUUCCCAGAGCAAAGAUUUAAAGCUGGUCGCCGGCGAGGCGAAUAGGAAUAUUGAGAAGGAAAGACGUGCUGACUUCUAUAACCAACCAUGGGUUGAAGACGCCGUUAUAAGAUACUUGAACCGCAAACCGGCUAAUGAGGGCUCAGGUGGUGGUGCUGGUGGUUCUUGAGGCGUGGAUUUCUUCUAGUGCUGUUUUGGUGUAGAAACAAAUUAUCUGUUCUGUAUUGCUAGUAAAAUUCAGACGUAUUAGCAAAGAGAUUUGUUCAGUGUUGUGAAAGGAUGUUCAGGCUAGUCGUUGUAUGUUGUGUUCUAUAUUGUCUAACUAUCGUGGAAGUAUAAUGCCAAGUGCUGAACUUAACCAUAA